GUCCCGAUGGAUAUCUACACAUCCACGUUAUCACCAGCGCUGGACAUCUUCACGGGUUGUUAUCUGCUGGUUAUAGCUGUUCUCUCCAUCGUGGGAAACCUGCUGGUCCUUAUCAUGGCAGUCAAAAGAUCAUCAAGGAUGAAACCGCCGGAGCUGCUGAGCGUGAAUCUGGCAGUGACAGACCUCGGAGCAGCUGUUACCAUGUACCCCAUGGCUGUGGCCUCUGCCUGGAACCACCACUGGAUCGGGGGAGAUGCUUCCUGUUUAUAUUACGGACUGGCAGGGUUCUUCUUUGGCAUCGCUAGCAUCAUGAACCUGACUAUCAUGGCCAUAGUGCGCUUCAUUGUGUCCCUCAAUCUGCAGUCACCCAAUGAGAAAAUCGGCUGGAGGAAGGUGAAGAUGCUGUGCAUCUGGAUCUGGCUGUACGCUCUGAUCUGGGCUCUCUUCCCCAUUAUGGGCUGGGGACGGUACGGCCCGGAGCCCUUCGGCCUGUCCUGCUCUCUUGCCUGGGGACAAAUGAAACACGAUGGCUUCACUUUCGUCAUCUCUUUAUUCUCAUUCAACCUCGUCUUGCCUAGUGUCGUCAUCAUCUGCUGUUACUUUGGCAUAGCCAUAAAGCUCUUUUUCACCUACAAAAAGUCAAGUCACAACAGCAACCGAGUCCCUAAUAUUGUCAAGCUCCAUCGAAGGCUGUUAGUGAUCGCUGUGCUUAUCAGCUUCGGCUUCAUAGUCUGCUGGACGCCCUAUAGCAUAGUAUGCCUGUGGUCUAUUUUGGGUGACAGCAGCUCCAUCCCACCCGAAGUCAGUCUCCUCCCGUGCAUGUUUGCAAAGAGCUCUACCCUAUACAAUCCUAUUAUCUACUACGUCUUCAGCCAGAGCUUCAAAAGGGAGGUAAAGAAGCUGGGCUGGUUGUGCUUCGGCUCUAAAACAGGCCAUGACGCCAACAACAUCACUGACAACAGCAUGUAUAUGGUUAAUACUGACAUCAAGUCCCAAGUAGAAGUACAGACUACUGUGCAGCAGAUUGAGGAGUGAAAGACAAUGGUUUUGUGUUGAAAGACAAGAAUGACUUUGUGCUGUUUAACCCUGGAGAAAAUAGUGGUCUCAUAAUGUGUUAUGUCACAAAGGUCAUCACUAGAAAGCACUUGUAUUUGUAUUGUAUUUUUUCCAGUAUAACUUGUGUGUGCUGUUAUAACAUAACAAGCAGAGUAAUGGCUUCUUUUGCGUGUAGCCAUCAUAAUUCAGAGGGGAUGAUUGCAUA